CGGGUGACUGCAAAAGAGACAGCGCAAGAAGUCUGUGAAGUCAAGUGUGUAUCCUGGAUGAAUUGUGAACGAAUGAUGUGUACACAGCAGUAGCAAGGCCGGUUUUGCUCUAACACGAUCAACAUAUAGCUGUUGAAGGGUUAUAACUAGACCCAAGAGGAAGUGAUCCCGUUGUUCAAGAACGUGCAAAGACAGAAACAACCCGAGCACUGAAGCCAGUCACAACCAAAAUAACCUGGCGCUUCGAGGUCACAAUGAGGAAGAUCACGAUAUGGAGUCUUCUCUGCCUUGCACUAGUAGCACUCUUGCCUUCUCAAACAGAUUCUGUAGCGGUGAUGUCUGUGGACCUGGGGAGUGAGUGGAUGAAAAUAGCGAUAGUCAAACCAGGAGUGCCGAUGGAGAUCGUACUCAAUAAGGAGUCUCGGAGGAAAACGCCGGUAGCCGUCUGCCUGAAGGACAACGAGCGUCUGUUUGGAGAUAGCGCCGUUGGAGUGUCUGUGAAGAACCCCAAGGUGGUGUAUCGCUACAUCCAGAGCCUGCUGGGUAAGCGCCAUGACAACCCCCAGGUGGCGCUAUACAGCAAGCGCUUCCCAGAACACCAGCUGGAGAAGGACACAGAGAGAGACACCACCGUCUUCAGACACUCCCAAGAGACGGUCUACUCUCCAGAGGAGAUCCUGGGCAUGGUCCUGAACGACUCCAGAUCUCUCGCUCAGGACUUCGCAGAGCAAGUCAUUAAGGAUGCGGUGAUCACCGUGCCGGCGUUUUUUAAUCAGGCGGAGCGUAGGGCAGUCCUGCAGGCGGCCCAGAUCGCGGGCCUGAAGGUCCUUCAGCUCAUCAACGACAACACGGCCGUCGCCCUGAACUACGGCGUCUUCAGGAGGAAGGACAUCAACGCCACGCAACAGAACGUGAUGUUCUAUGACAUGGGUUCCGGCAGCACCACGGCGACCAUCGUGACGUACCAGACGGUGAAGACCAAAGAGUUCGGAGUUCAGCCCCAGCUGCAGAUCAGAGGCGUCGGGUUUGACCGUACUCUGGGUGGGUUUGAGAUGGAGCUGCGUCUGCGUGACCACCUGGCUCAGCUGUUUAACGAGCAGAAGAAAUCCAAGAAGGACGUGCGGGAGAACCCCAGGGCCAUGGCCAAACUGCUGAAGGAGGCCCAGAGACUCAAGACUGUCCUCAGCGCCAACGCAGAAUUCAAUGCACAGGUGGAGGGGCUGAUGGAUGACAUCGACUUCAAGGCCAAGGUGACGCGGUCGGAGUUUGAGGAGCUGUGUCUGGACCUCUUCGACAGGGUACCAGGACCCAUCCAGGACGCCCUCGCCUCCUCAGAGAUGUCUCUGGAUGAGAUCGAGCAGGUGAUCUUGGUGGGAGGAGCUACGCGGGUUCCGAAGGUGCAGGAGGUUCUACUCAAGGCCGCACGCAAGGAGGAGUUGGGUAAGAAUAUCAACGCUGACGAGGCCGCUGCCAUGGGAGCUGUCUACCAGGCCGCCGCCCUCAGCAAGGCCUUCAAGGUCAAACCCUUCAUCGUCAGGGACGCCGCCCUCUUCCCCAUACAGGUUGAGUUCAGCAGGGAGGCAGAGGAGGAGGACGGCUCCAGGAGUCUGAAGCAUAACAGGCGUGUGUUGUUCCAGCGCAUGUCCCCCUACCCCCAGAGGAAGGUCAUCACCUUCAACAGAUACACUGACGACUUCCACUUCAACAUCAACUACGGAGACCUCAGCUUCCUCAAGGAGCACGACCUCAGUGCGUUCGGCUCCCUGAACCUGACCACGGUGAAGUUGAUGGGUGUGGGCGGCAGCUUUAAGAAGCACAGCGACGCCGAGUCCAAAGGCAUCAAGGCCCACUUCAACAUGGACGAGAGUGGGGUACUACUGCUGGACAGGGUGGAGUCCGUGUUUGAGACUAUUGUGGAGGAGAAGGAGGAGGAAUCCACACUGACCAAGCUUGGCAACACCAUCCAGAGUCUGUUUGGAGGAGGCAACUCGGAGCCCAGUCCCAACGCCACCGAGCCUGUUCAGGAUGAGGAGGAGGUUCCCCCUGAGGCGGGUAAGGAGCAAGAGGAGGGGGAGGAGCAGAAGGAGACGCAGACAGGAGGAGGAGGAGGAGAAGAGGAGAAGCAGGAGGGAGGAGAGCAGACGGCAGAGGAGGCUCCUGCGGAGGAGAAGACGGAGGGAGCAGGAGCAGGAGAGGAGCCCGCUCCAGAGGCGGGUGCUGGAGAGGAGGCUGCUGGGAAGGCGGCGGAGGAGGAGAAGGCAGCGGAGGGCCAGGAGGCGGCGGAGGAGAAGAAGACUAAACCGCAGAAGAAGAGCAAGAUCUCCGUGGACAUCGGGGCAGAGAUGCAGCUCAAGGACAUCCUGGACCCUACUACUGAUGCCAUCCAGGCAUCUCACAUGAAGCUGCAGGAUCUGACCAAUCGGGAUCUAGAGAAGCAAGAGAGGGAGAAAUCACUCAACAGCCUCGAGGCCUUUGUCUUCGAGACCCAGGAUAAGCUGUACCAGGAGGAGUACCAGGCCGUGGUGUCGGAGGAGGAGCGGGAGGCUCUGGGCUCCAAGCUGAGCGCCGCGUCUGAUUGGCUGGACGAGGACGGCUACUCUGCGGCCACUAAAGAGUUAAAGGAGAAGCUGUCAGAGCUGCGCAAGGCCACCAAGGCCAUGAUGUUCAGGGUGGACGAGAGACGCAAGUGGCCCGAGCGCCUCGCUUCCCUCGACAGCCGCCUCAACCAAUCCACAUUCUUCCUCAGGGGAGCUCAGCUGAUUCCAGAGGCAGACCAGAUCUUCACUGAAGUGGAACUCAAGACCCUGGAGAAGGUCAUCAAUGAAACCACAACGUGGAAGAAUGAGACGGUGGCGGAGCAGGAGAAGCGCUCCCCUACUGAGCGGCCGGUGCUGCUCUCUAAAGACAUCGACGCCAAGAUCACCCUGCUGGAGAGAGAGGUGAACUACCUGCUGAACAAGAUGAAGUUCGCUAAGCCCAAACCCAAAGCCAAGCCCAAGGAGAAGAACGACACCAGCGCCGACGCCGACGCAGAGAAAGGCAAAGCCAGCAGCAGCAGCAGCAGCACGGAGGAAAAGACUGCUGAGGAGGAGGUGAAGCCAGCGGAGGAGCCUCCUACAGCAGGAGAGAAAGAAGAGACCACGACAGAAAACGAAACGCAAACUCAAGAGUCCACGACGACCGAGAGACACGUACACAACGGCCGAGAUGUGGAACAGUUAUAACACACACAGGCCACCAGGGGGCACCAGGCGCAGAAGAUCAAGAGGACACCAAGUCAAAUCAUAAAAACGAUGAGUUAUAACAUCUGGAGCUCGAGUAUCUUUGUAUUUAUUGACUGGAAUGAGAUGGUUCAGGUUUUCUUUUUUUUGUCAGUCGUCAUCAUUCUUCCUCCUUUAUGUUGCGCUCAGCACCGUCGCCACCACCGACCCCCAAUGACAUCAUCACCGACCCCCAAUGACAUCAUCGUAGUUGGCCACUGUGGAGGUGUAUAUUUUGUUUUAU